UGUGCGCCAAGAAGUUUGUGGCGCUAUUUCUUGAAAUCUUGGUCUAAUUACGUGUAAAAUUCUCAAUUGUAUUUUUUCUUCCUGUUUAGCCUUUUUUGAUUUUAAAAGUAUAAAAAUUUAUUAAUUAUUGAUGGAUACAAAUUAUCGUUAAUAAGAAUUUAUCGAUAAAAUAUUUUUUUGUUCAGAUCGAGUUUAAAUUAUUAUUAUAUUCUUACAUUUCCCAUUUAUAUAAAAAUGGCAUUAAUCACAAACAUUCCUAUAACUUCUGCUACAGUUGACAACAUGUCCAGAAAUGAUUAUUUGAGAUGGGUUAAUGAAUGCUUGCAAGCGGAAUUUUCAAAGAUUGAGCAACUUCAUACUGGUGCUGGUUAUUGUUUGUUUACGGAAAUACUCUUUCCUGGAACGAUAAAUAUGAAGAAGGUCAAAUUUAAUAGCCGAAUGGAAUUGGACUGGCUUAGCAAUUGGAAGAUUGUGCAAACUGCUUGGAAACAAUUGGGGGUCGAAAAAGUUGUUGCUGUCGAGAAGUUGAUUAAAGGAAAAUUUCAGGACAAUUUUGAAUUCUUGCAAUGGUUCAAAAAGUUUUUUGACGCCAAUUAUGAUGGACAUGAAUUCGAUCCAGUGGAAAUGCGAUUUAAUGAGGAAUUACCGAAGGAGAAUAAACUUAAAGCUACUGCUCUUUUGCGUCAACCUCAACCUGCAAAGACUGGCGGUCCAUCACGUGUUCCUCCACCACAAAGAGUUGGAUCGAAUGUUUCUAUGAAUAGUAAUUCUGGUUGUGGUGCUUCUUCAAAAAAGUCUUCGCCAACAUCGCUUUCUACCAGCACCAAAAAACCUGCAAUGGCUAGUACUACUGGGAGACGGGCAGCGCCAGCAGUGAGUACACCAGCUCCACGUCCAGCACCAACGGGACAAGUCACUCAGAAUAAGGCUCCUCCUCCGGUUGUUGAUCUUCAGUUGAUGGAGGAGUUGAAAAUUAAAGAUCAGCAAUUGGAAGAAUUACGAGGACAGUUGGCCGAGACUGACGAAGUUAUUUGUGGAUUGGAGAAGGAACGUGAUUUCUAUUUUGCAAAAUUGAGAAAGAUUGAAGUUCUUUGUCAAGAUACAGAGGAGAGUGGAACAUUGCCGACAAAUGAUGUUUUAAUGAUACUCUAUGAGACGGAAGAAGGUUUUGCUCCUCCUGAGGAGUUGGAAGCUGGCGAGGCAAAUGGAGGUUUAUCUGGUGGGGAUGAUAAUCAUAAUGGAUUGCAUAAUGUCCCGUAAAAUG